AGCUGCUUUGGCUCGAUGCAGAUGAGUCUGGACACGGCAUACCAGCUGCCCCUGCCGGCCCUUGUCUAAGCAAAGAACUUGCAGGUGAGGCUGGCACAGGCCAAGGCAGAAGGGGGCCCUGACAGCCACGGCCGAUGUCAGGGCCAUGCGGUGGCUGUGCUGGGGCCACCCGAGUCAUCGGCAAAGGCCAGCGGAGGCUGAUGACCAAAGGCAUCAAAUUGGGGAGCUGGGUUGCUGUCUCGUACAGAGUACCCAUCAAGCAGGAGAUAGAUGAGAAUGACACGGGCCACUAUGAAGGAAAAAUAGUUGAUAAAAGAAUUGGAGGGCAGGACCGCGAGUCCUUCAUAGAGCUGAAGGAUGUUUUGAAAGUCGACAUCGAUGGCAAUGUGAUUGGCAAGGAGAAGCACAAGAGGUUAAUUGACGCCUUCAUAGAAGAAUGCAAGGUAAUUGAAAAAAGAGACCAGUCCUGGGACGAGAUCAAGCUCCAAAGCCAAGUAGAAGCGGAGACGCUGGCGGCAAUGUUCAGGCAAAGAAGAGAGGCCUCUGGUGGUGGAGGUGGAGGAGGAGGCGGAGGAGGAGGAGGCACUGGAGACGAAGAGGAAGGCGGUGGAAUGGGCAUGAUGCCCGGCAUGAUGAUGAUGCAGAACAUGAUGCAAGGCAUGAUGGCUGCGAGCAUGAUGCAGAAUGCCAUGAUGGGCAACAUGGGCAACAUGGGCUGUGGCGGUAGCAUGGACAAAACCGGCUGCGGCUGUGGAGGCUGCGGCGGCUGCAGCGGUUGUGGGGGCUGUGGUUGUGGGGGCUGCGGCGGCUGCGGUUGCUGCGGCGGGUGCGGUUGCGGCUGUGGCUGCGGUUGUCCUGGCAACUGCUCUGGUGGGUGCCCUGGCUGCUCUGGUGGCUGCCCUGGGGGCUGUGCUGGCGGCUGUGCUGGCGGCUGCCCUGGCGGCUGCCCUGGCGGCUGCCCUGCAGGCUGCCCUGGCGGUUGCCCUGCAGGCUGCCCUGGCGGCUGCCCAGCAGGCUGCUCUGGGUGUGGAGGGUGUGGUGGAGGCUGCGGAUGUCCUGGAAACUGCCCUGGCAACUGCGGCGGCAAUUGCCCGGGUGGAUGCCCCGGCGGUUGCCCUUCAGGUUGUCCCGGCUGUCCGGGCAGUCCUGGAGGCUGCUCUGGGUGUGGAUGUCCUGGUUGCGGAGGAUGUCCUGCAGGAUGUUGUCCUGGAGGCUGCUGCCCUGGUGGGUGCUGCCCAGGAGGCUGUUCCGGCUGUCCUUGUGGGGGCUGCUGCCCUGGCGGGUGCUGCGGGGGCUGUGGCUGCGGCUGCGGCUGCGCCGGCUGUGGGGGCUGUGGUUGUGGCUGCCCAGGCUGCGGAUGUGGGGGUUGUUGCGGAGGGUGCUGUGGAGGUUGCCCUCCAAUGGGAGGCAACAUGUGCAGCGGCGGGAUGGGCGGAAUGGGUGUUGGCAAAGGCAACAUGGGCAGCACAAGCCCCAGCCUGAAGCCCAUUGGUGGCUGCGACGGCAGAAGUGAGGCUCGAAGUAGAAGUCGCAGCAGAGGGAAAGAUGGAGAAGAUGGUAAUGAGUGCUGUCAUGAGUAAUGCCUCCCCCAGCUGCCAAAAGGCAGUAUUUUCGUGGCGGUAGAGAGUUAGGACAAACAGACUUUGCAUUGUGCACAUGAAAA